AUGGGCUAUCCUGGAACUUGCCGCCCGGAUUUCUAUACUCUUUACCGUGGCAAAGUUAUACUUAUCGAAGACAAGGUGGUGGAAGAUGGUUUCACAAGUGCGUAUGUGAAUGACUCAACGACAUCUGGUCUUCAUGUAUUUCUACUGCUACAGGAAAUCCAGGGUGCUCACAUGAUUUCAUCGUUUGCAUGUUCGCAAGAUGGCAACAAUUUAAUAUAUGUAACGAACAGCUCCACGAUUUAUCGUUCAGAACAAUGGGAAACCUUUGAUUUUGCGAGGCUCAAUGAGGAACGAGAAAACGCUUGCUUGGAUAGAAUACCGCUGGAUUUCCACGUUUAUGAUAUGGAUGAUAAGCGUACAAGUACCUUCGCGAGUCUCAUGAGGACACGAUUUCCAAACUUGGACAAAUUUGUAAGGGAUGGCAACACUAUAUGGAUUGAGGAUCUCUCAAGGGAAGUUACCGUUGCAAAAAGUGGCAAGAUAUUUCACGAUUAUCUCAUUUUCAACGAAAAUCGCGUAGUUAAUCGUGGUAGCCACUCGAAGGUCAUUGUGGAGAAUGUUUGUCGAGUGAUAGGGGUGCCUUUUAGUGUGGAUGGUGGUUUCUACAAAAUAGGCGAGCCAUUGCUGUGUUUGGAAGACUUCGCUGCUGAGCGUGAUUGCGUACUGAUUUCGGAGGAAGGCGUGGAGAUUGAAUUUGUUCGAAGUAUACUGGAAAUGCAGUCAUCCUACUUCGGCGUAGCAUUCACCUAUCACGAUGCUGACGUACCAAGGCUAAGACUAUCUGCUACAGAGAACGUGAUUCGUUACACGCUAUUGAGUAUCAUCAAUCCAAAUUAUCUCCGUCGUCUUCAGAUACAUGAGUUUCUUGAAUUAUUGCCGUUCCUCGAUCAAUAUCUUCUGUAUGCUGUGAUCGAUGACGCCUUACGUGUCAUAUUUGAACGAGUGAACGAGUUCAAUAUGAACUUCAUCUUUGAUCUGUUCGAGGCGGUUCCGCAAUUGCGACAUUUGAUAGCGAAGUACUUUCACAAUAAUUUACACCUACUUACUAUGUGGAAAAACUCUGCAGCAGCACCAAUUGAGCUGAUUCGAGACGUUUUUGCGUACUCGGCUUUGGAAGUGGGCGAUGACUCACCUAACAUUACAUCUUCUGACUGUGCGAAUUUGCAACCGGUAAGUCAUUUUGAAUUCAUACCAAAUCUGCAAAUUACAUUCUUUACUUGA